AUGUCAAGUCUGAAUCAAGAAGCACAACAGGUCCCCAUAUCGGCGACGACGACGACGACCGCAGCUGGGACGACGACGAAUGCAACAACGAGAAGUUCCCCAACUGAAACUUUAAAUAAAUGGAAAAUUCCACAUUAUUAUAGAAGAUCAAAUAUAGGGUUGUCCACUCCACAAACGGAAUCUUCCAUGUCAUUUGCAAAUCCAUCUGCCAAUUUAUCACCAAAUAUUAACGUGAUGACAAGUCCUAAAAAGUUAUUAUUAGAAGAACCCAAAAAAUCUAAAAAUGGGUCCAAGAAAUCACAAAAGAAGAAAGGUGGCAUGGUUUUCGUAAAUUAUACAGUACAGGAUACAGAACCUGCCCUUGCUGCCAUGGAUCCAAUACAAGAUCAAGGACAACAAUCUAUACGGAAAACUUCUUCUUCAAAUAAGAAAGAGGAAAAGAAAAAGUCGUCAAGACAAAGAAUGUUAAAGAUAUUUAAAUCUUCACAAAAUAAUUCAAAACAAAUACAGAUGAAUAACAAUGAUCAAAAUACUGGUAUGUCAAAUCUUCCUGAUUUGAAUUUAUUGAAAAAUGAUACUUCUAUAAAUAAUCAUGAAAUAACAAAUUCAGAUGAAAAGAUUGGUUGUACAAAGAGAUCAUAUGGAUCAUUUUUGAAACAUAAUAAAUCAAAUUCAUCAUUACCGAAUGAAGUUGUUCCUAAAUCAGUACCUAAUUCGAUAUUGGCUAAACCACCAUCGAAUCCUACAGGUAGUAACGGACGAUCUAAAUCAUUUACUUCUAAAGUGGCGAAUAUUCCUCUUUUUAACACGAGAAACUACAGAAAUACAAUGACAAAAAAUGAUUCUAAACUACUGAAGGACGAACCAAUGAACGACUUAGAAAUUGAUCAUCAUUAUUUAGAUGGAAGCUAUUAUAUGGACAAUAAUAAUAUUAUACCCGAAUCAAAUUCUACACCAAAUCUGAACUAUAAUCUCACUCAAUCAGGAAAUACUUUACAUAAAGUUAAUUCAACUUCUGCUACUACUAAAAAAUUUACUAAAAUGGAAGAGAAUGAUGCAUCUAUUGCAUUUAGUAAAAUGUUUACAAGGAAAAGAGCUAAUACUGCAGGGUCUAUGAACUCACUCAGGUAUACUUCAAAUUCCAAUUCCAAUUCAAACGCAAAUGCAAAUGCAAAUGCAAAUGCAAAUGCAAAUCAAGCUCAACUUCAAAAUAUUUAUCAAUCCGUACAACACCCAUCGAACCAAUCACAACCAAACUUGAAAAUAAAUAGAUCGUCAUCUUCCACUACGCUUGCCCAACGAACAAUGUCGGUGGCAUCAUUAUCCUCAUUAUCUAAUAGGUAUUCACCUAAUAGAAUGAUUUCGCCAGCUAGACCUAGAUCUGCCAAAAGUACAUCAAAUUAUAGAUUAUCAAGAGAAUUAAACUCGCUUUAUACAAACGUAUUAGAGAUCCCAGAACUAACAGGCCCAGAAUCAUAUUUAGACGUUCAAUACAUGCAAAAAUCAAACAGUGUAAGUUCCGAUAAAGCGACGGUCCUUGGACAUAGGAAGAAACAAGAGUCAAUAUCUGAUCUACAUCGUGUUCAUACCACUACAACAGUAGCUACUACCCCAACCUCUUUCUUGGUCACGCCACCGUAUUUUACUACAAAUUUUACCAUACCUACUUCAACAUCAAAUAUUUCAACUCCUAGUUGUGGGGAGGUGACACAGAUAAAUAACAUUACUAAUUCAAAUCCAUCAUUAAAGAUAACAUCUCGUCAAACAGGUAAUUUUUCAUCAUUUUUAGAAAGAGAUACCUCUGCAGAGAAUGACAUGCUAAUGGAACUUUCCGCAUUGUCAACCCCACAGGAAAGUAGUUUUUCAAGAAGAAACACUACUGAUUCUAAACUAGAAAAUCACCAAAAUCAACUAGAUAAUGGAUCAUCAUCUUUUAAUAUCUCCAAUGAAGUGAAUUCAUCAACAGCGAUGCGCAACAAUUCAAUGCAAAACAACGAGAAGUAUCAACUAAUAAAUACAGGAUUAGGAUUGGAUGAUAUUGACUUACAGAAUUUUGGUGAUCUUAGAUCAGCGGGUAUAAAUACUGUCAACUCACAAGUAAACCUGGACGAAUUGGUUGCCAAAUCAGAACCAUCAACAAACUUCGACCCACUUUCUCAAUUGUACAUGGAGUUUGAUUUUGAAAAUCCAAAUUCAUUUUUCCAUGAACAAUCAAGAAUAGUGAGUAAUACUAGUAAUAGUAAUACAAUAACUCAUGGUUAUGCAUCUGGUGCCAAUUCGUCACUAAGCGGUAGAUCGCCAAUAAUAUCAAACGCUGUGCCAACGGCAGGAACGUUAUCUUCACAAGAUAUCUUUGCUAGUAGUAAGGGAGGAUUUGAUCUAGGAAUUGCACCAAAUAAUAAUAAUAGUAGUACACGAACAGCAUUCAAUGAGAGAUCAUCAGAAUUUCGUGGGAAUAUUAAUGACCCAAAUAAUGAUAAAACAACAAGGCAUUUUAACGUUGAUAACGAUAUCAACAAACAUACAUAUAUCCAGCAUUAA